GUUCCGCUCCGCCGCCGCCUCCGUUGUUCCUCAAGCUACCCGUCUUGCGUGCGCGUUUCCGCCGCCGACUGCCGCGACCAGAAAUGCUUUGUCUAUCGCAAGAAAUUGCCGCGCGGUAGCGCUGCAAAAUGCGUACCGAAUGUUCUCUAUGAGCCGCCCGGCUUUCAAUGAGAACCAGCAGCAACAACAGCAAGUACAGGAGCAGUACAGCAGGCCAGCGUAUGAGGGCAACGCGGAGAACUCUCAGCCGCGGCAGCAGAAGGAGUCAACAGGACCCCUGGCUAACAGGGAGCUCGGCAAGCCCCAGAAGUGCCUGUUCGUUGGGAACAUCCCGUUUGAGACCACGGAGGAGGAGGUGCUCGAGGUCUUCAGCCCCUUCGGCGAGAUCGAGCACACUCGCCCCGGCGUCGCCCCCGACGGCACCGCGCGCGGCUUCUGCCACGUCCAGUACAAGGACCUCGAGUCCGCUAAGAAGGCCGUGGACGCGCACCUCGAGAACCCCCUCUGGCUUGGCACGCGCCGCCUCCGCAUCGACUUCGCACAGAGCAACGUGCGCGGCACCGCGCGCCGCUCCGACAAGCCGAACAGCAAGUUGUACUUCUUCGGCAUGAAGGGCGACGAGGACGAGAUGCGCGAGAUCUUCCGCAACUACCAGCGCGACAUCUUCAGCAUCUACUUCCUGCGCGACGGGCAGGGGCGCAUCCGCGGGAAUGGGUGGAUCGACUUUGACUCGGUUGAGGCGGCGAGCAAGGCGCUUACCGAGCUCAAUGGCCAUAUCACGAGCGCCGGUCUCCCUAUUGGCCUGACGUACGCCGUCCGCGAGCGCGUUGGGUACAAGGACCGCCAGCGGUCGUACGGUCUGCGGGAGAAGGAGGGCGGGGACCGCGAGCGCCGGCCCCGCCGCCAGCGGGAUGGGUCGAGGCAGGAGGACAUCGACGCGUAGA